GUCUCGUCUGUCAAGCGGAGUUGUCGCUUGACUUCGGUUCGCGGAAACAUUGCCUGUUUUAAAGAAUUCUCUCAUCUCAUUCGCAGUUAUUUAACGUUAGUUCGCUUCAGUGCUAAUAUAAAUUGAAUUAUAAUUUAGCCGAUUGGUCUACUUUGACCAAUUGCGACUUUCACCAUGCGGCAAAUUUUGCAAUGUUUGUUGUCCCCACGUCUGUACAAGAUCUACUAUGAUGGAACUCCGUAUUACACCAAAAACAAGUUGGAGCGUUGGGGAAGCAAUGUCAUUAUCUCGGCCAACGCUAUGCUCAACUUAGGCAUCUACUCCUCCCCUCUCCUCCUGAUGUACCUGUACCGCCGUGGUCUGUACACUGUUGACGAGAUGAAGACCAUGGGCCGUGUGUUCGGAGGUAUCGGCUGCAUCAUAGCGGCCUCGCUGCUGCUCCGCGCCGUGGGCAGGGUCUACAACCCUGAGUACAUGAAGUUCAUGAAAGUCUUGAACCAGGACCGCAGAGACAUGAGAGAGUACUUGAUGUCGAUCCGCAUGUACGACUUUGACUUCUCCCACUGGCCCGUUUCGUUCGCUGUUCCACGUAAAGCCAAGUCGUGGAGCAUCUCGAACCCGUUCAAGAACAGCGCCAACCCGGACAUGGGCUUCCUUUUCCGCCUGCUCAUCCAGAUCCUGGCGAUCUUCGCGAGCCGCACCUUCGCCAUCCGCCUCAUCUACCCGGGCACGCUGAGCGUCAUCCACAACCUGCUUGUAGGUCCAGCUCUGCUGCACGGCCGCACCCAGUUGGUGGAAGUCCACGACGGCAAGCGCGCCAAGAUCGCCACCGCCGAUGGCAACCACAUCGACACCAUGUUCGUGGACAAGCGCGGGGACACCCGAGGAGACAUGCUGGUCAUCUGCUGCGAGGGGAACUCAGGGUUCUACGAAGUGGGCAUCAUGGUCACCCCGAUUAAAGCGGGAUUCUCAGCCCUCGGCUGGAACCAUCCCGGUUUUGCUACUAGCACGGGCAUGCCAUUCCCGUCUCAAGAACACAACGCGAUCGACGCCGUGGUGCAAUACGCGAAGAAGGAGCUCGGCUUCCAAGAGAACCAGCUGGUGUUCUUCGGCUGGAGCAUCGGGGGCUACACCGCCACCUGGGCCGCCGUCAAGUACCCCGCCUGCAAGGCUCUGAUCUUAGACGCCACGUUCGACGACCUGCUGCCGCUAGCCGAGCGUCAGAUGCCGGCGUCGUGGCGCCGCCUGGUGCGUGAGGUGGUCCGCUCCCAUGUGGACCUGCACAUCGCUGAGCUGAUCUCCAAGUAUUCCGGACCGGUCAAGCUGGUGCGACGCACUGAGGACGAGAUUAUUUGUCUUGAACAAGGCAAGCUGAAGUCCAACCGUGGUAACCACCUCCUCCUGAAGCUACUCGAAGCCCGUCACCCCGAGACCCUGGAGAAGCAUGGCCCGGCCAUGGCGGCCUACGCUGCCCUGAGGGACUCCCAGCGCGUCGGAGUGGACGACAACGAUGGGCAGGACGAGAACGGGAGGCCACUGCUGCUGAUUAACAAGUACAUGUGUGACUACCGCUCCACUCACUGCACGCCGCUGCCCGAUCAGGAGUUUGUGAACAUCCUCAAGUACCUGCUGAAACGCGACCUGUAAGCCAAUCGCAGCCGAGCCCGUCUAGUCUCAACCAAUCACACGCGACCCGUGACUCUGUGAUGCACAGGCUCACCCAAUCGGAACAACUGGAUUACAUUUAUUCAAUUAUUAUAUUUCUCGAUGUAAUUUUGCACUAUAAAGGCAAUUUGCACUAAAUGUUCUCCUACAGCCGCCGUACUGUCCAGUCUAUUUGUAAUUUUGUAUCCGUAUCUAUAGUGUGUAAUGUAAGGGUUAUUUUAAUUCGACCUAAAGAUAAAAGCCAGUGAAUACCAGGGUUAAAUAACUGAUUCAGAGUUAUAGUUUAUCAAAAAAGAAUAGCAAAUUUUGUUUAUAUGUUUUGUCUCUUUUCGUGAGUCAUUUUAAAACAUUUAAACAACGAUCAUUUACUUAGAAAAAAUUAUAAAUUACCAAAGUUUUAUACACAAAAUCUUUUUUAACCUAUACUUCAUUUCUUUAUCGUAUAUCUUCGCCCUUCUACUUCAGGGUCCAUGAACAUUUUAAUACUUUCUUGAUUUGUGUAUAAGUUGUCAUCAAUAUGUAUAAUUAUCUUUUUGACUAUGGUGUCCACCAGAGAAACAAUCGGACAACGAAAACUAAUUCUUUAUUGACCUGGCUAUGAUUCCUUGACUACGUUUGAAUUAAUGCUAAGUAUAUGUUAGUGUAGAUGUUUUGCUAUUGUACGUAGAAGACAUGCUAUGUUUUAAAUAUUCGAUGUAUUUGCUUGAUGUAUUAUCUUAUCUUUGUGACAGGGAAUCAUCAUGCAUUAUGACUAAGUGUACCAUUCCAUUCAUUAGCUCAAAGAGGGCCAAGUGUAGGUUUUUCUUAACUGAUCUAGCAGUGGAAUGUACUCAGAUUUGUAUGGCGCGGAGCUAGUGCAGCUACUUACCGCUAGGUGGCGACUCUCGCGCCAUAUAAAUCUCUACACACUCAACACUCAUCUUUACUCGCCAUUACUCGAACGGAGUAAAAACUAGCACUUCUUAUGCUGUUUCGGAAAUAAAUUGAAAAUUAUGGGUGCAUGUUUUGUUGUUCUCUGAAUCCAAGUAUUUGUCUGAAUGACCUUUUUCUAUUUUACACAAACUUUUGUGCUUUUUGACAUGAACUCUUUUGAUAUAGGUAUUAUUAUGUACACAACGCAGUUAGUAGUCUUAUUAUAUUUAUUUAAUUAAUUAAUUAAGAUUGGUGGUCGUUUAUAAAUGUGACAAGUAUUAAUGUUUCAAUAUUCAAUUACCUAAUUAUAAUAUAAUCAAUAACCAUACUAUUAUACACUUUCAUAGUCAUUAUGUGCUUGUAAUUCAGCAUUGAAAUUGUGCACAAACGAAAUUGUUUGUGCCUCCAUCUGCCAACUCCAUGUUGUAUCGUACAUCUUAAAUGAAUGCGAGAUUCUUUUGACUUUGGCAAAAAAAUCAAAGCUGACUCACGAUUGAAUGAGUGUCAUUGCUGAUUUGCAAGCAGUAACACAAGUAUUUGUAUCACUUCAAACCUAGAAUUAAUAAUAAGUGUAGUAUUUCAAUGAAAUAUACUAACAUCAUGUAUUCGAAAUUAUAGAAAUACCUUGAGUCCUACAUUCUGAUACAAUGCAUUUAUUAUCUAUAUGUUUCGAUGUAACGUAAGUCAAUAAAGUUUGACCACCUUAGAGGUA